AUGGCCGUUCCUCCAGGCUUCCUUUACAUUGCCCAAAACCUUCCCCGUUUCUUUCUUCCGCCUGGUGCAACCUUUGCAGUUCUACGAAUCCUCCGCGACCAGCACCACAUAGACCUCUCGACAUGGCUAGAGAUUGUUGCAUGCAUCCUCUCACUUCCUGUUGCAUUUGUUGCCAACAACCUCUACUGGAGCUGGCGCAAUGCGCGAGACGCCGCCGCUCGCGGGGCCGUCCUUGCACCCAAGGCCAAGGCCAGACUCCCUGGAGCCAUUGACCGACUCCUUGAUACCGCCAAGUUGUUUGCGACCGGUUACAUUGGUGAGGCGUUUGACCAGCAAGCCCGCGUACACGGUAACACCGUCAACGUGCAUGUUCUCUGGGAGGAUAGGGUUAUGACUACCGAACCCGAGUACAUCAAGGCUAUCCUUGCGUCUCAGUUCAAUAGCUUCGCCAAAGGUCCUGAGCUAUUCGAACAGAACAAGACUCUUCUUGGAACUGGUGUUUUCAACUCUGAUGGUGAUACUUGGAAGUUCCACCGGUCCAUGACCAGGCCUUUCUUCAGCAAGGACCGCAUCGGCCACUUUGACAUUUUCGACAGGCACGCGGACGAUGCGCUCAGCAGAACCGCCCUGCGUCUCGCCGAAGGCCUCCCUGUCGAUAUCCAGGACAUGGUGUCCCGCUUCACCCUUGAUUCCGCCACCGAGUUCCUCUUUGGCAAGGACGUAUGCUCGCUCUCCGCCGGGCUCGUCUACCCGCCCAACCACCCCCUCGCGGACUCGUACGAGGCGAAGAACGACCCGGCGAACCAGUUCGCGCACGCGUUUGCAGAAGCCCAGAUCGGGACCGCAAGCCGGAGCAUAUGGGGCCGCGCGUGGCGUCUCCGGGAGUUCUGGACGGACGAUGUGCAGAAGAACAUCAAUGUGUGCUUCAGGUUUAUUAAUCCAAUCUUGGACGACGCGCUCGCGAGGAAGGAGGCUGGCAAGGUUGGCAUUCAACAGGAGGGGUCGAGAGAGGUGCAGGAGGGCGAGUCGUUGCUCGAUCAUCUCAUUAAUCUUACCGAUGACCGUAAGCUCAUCGGUGACGAGAUCUUGAACAUCAUGAUCGCUGGCAGGGAUACGACUGCAUGCACCCUAACAAUGGCCGUCUACAUGCUGUCUCAGCACCCCGAUGUGCUGGCCCGGCUGCGCGAGGAGACACUCGAUCAGGUUGGCCCGACCAAUCGCCCCACAUAUGAUGACCUGCGCGAGAUGAAAUACAUGCGUGCUUUCGUCAACGAGGUUCUCCGUCUCUACCCUCCUGUGCCCGGUAACGCUCGUUACUCGACUCAGCCCACCGUCUGGCCUGGCCUCAACGGCAAGCCUCCUAUCUACAUCCCCGCUAACACUCGUACUCCCUACUCUGUCUUCCUCAUGCACCGUCGCAAGGAUCUCUGGGGCCCUGAUGCCGAUAACUUCGACCCGGACCGUUUCCUCGACGAGCGCCAGAAGAAAUAUCUCACGCCGAACCCGUUCAUCUUCCUCCCCUUCAACGCCGGCCCGCGCAUCUGCCUCGGACAACAGUUCGCGUACAACGAGGCGUCGUUCUUCCUCGUGCGCCUGUUGCAGCGGUUCUCGGCUGUGCAGCUUGCCGAGGACGUGCAGACGAUGCCGCCGCCCGAGUGGGCGAGUGCGGAGGGCAGGAAGGCGGUUGAGCGGGUGAUGGUGAAGACGCAUUUGACGAUGUACGUCAAGGACGGGCUGUGGGUCCGGAUGGACGAGGCGAAGGGCGAGGCGUAG